AUGACUGGCUUCCAUGACAUCGAAUUGAUUGACCUGGACACCAUCGACGUCAGCAAUCUGAACCGCCAGUUUCUCUUCCGCAAGCGCCACGUGGGGCAAUCCAAGGCCAAGGUCGCUCGGGAAGCAGCAAUGGCGCUAUGCCCAUCCGCGUCUAUCAUAGCGCAUCACGGCAGCGUGCUGCAGCCGGACUUUGACGUGUCCUUCUUCUCACGCUUCUCCCUCGUCCUCAACGCCCUGGACAACCUCCCGGCCCGCCGCCACGUCAACCGCAUGUGCCUCGCUGCCGGCGUGCCUCUCAUUGACAGCGGCACCACGGGGUUCCUCGGCCAGGUGACAGUGCAUGUGAAGGGCGUGAGUCAGUGCUAUGAGUGCACGCCCAAGCAGGCACCCAAGUCCUACCCCACAUGCACCAUCACCAACACUCCUUCCAAGCCGGUGCACUGCAUUGUGUGGGCCAAGGAGCUCCCAUUUGUUGCUCUCUUUGGUCCCCGGGGUCAAGCAACGGACCUCCACGCCCAACCUUCCACCGCUGCUGCCACCACCACCACUUCCUCUGCUCCUCCAGCUGCUGCUGGUGAUACCGCCGCUGAUGGCCCCACAACCACAGGCGCUGCUGCUGAUGCUGAUGCUGCUGCUGGUGCCUCUGCACCCGUUGCGUCUCAAAUGGAGAACGGUGUAAGCAGCACUGUGGAAGAGAGUGAGGAAGAGAGGAGGAAGAAGAAGCAGGAAGAGGAGGCAGCCGCAGCAGCCGCGGAGAAGGAAGAGCGGGAGUUCUUCACUCGGAGGGAAGGGGAGAGCGGGCGUGCGUUUGCGUGCCGCGUGUUUGACCGGAUAUUCGGGGAGAACGUGGCAAGGACUCUGAAGAUGGACGAUAUGUGGAAGCACAGGGCUCGACCCACACCAUUGUACCUGAAGGAUGCGUUUCCUGAAGGGUUGGAGGAGAGCGAGGCGGCGAAAGAAGGGAAGGAAGGGAAGGAGGGGAAGCGGGUGUCGGCAAUGGCGAGGCUGGGGUGGAGGGACGUGCAGAAGGUGUGGAGUGUGCAGGAGAAUGCGCGGGUGUUUCUCAAGGCCGUUGAGCUGUUUGUGGAGGAGCGCGCAGAGGAGCUGGGUUCUCUCACAUUCGACAAGGACGACGAGCUAGCAGUGGAGUUCGUGACAGCCGCUGCCAACCUGCGCAUGCACUCCUUCGGCAUCCCCCUGCACAGCCUCUUUGCCGCCAAGGGCAUUGCCGGUAACAUCGUGCAUGCAGUGGCGACCACGAACGCCAUUGUGGCUGGGCUCGUGGUGCUGCAGGCUGUGCGGUUGCUGGAAGAGGAGAGCUACCGCAACGAGCCACGCAUGGUGUGGUGCACAGAGUUCCCCAGUCAGCGCAAGGCCCUCCUCGCCCCUCUCGAGAUGGAUGCACCCAACCCCUCCUGCCAUGUCUGCUCCCGGACGCCUCUGGUUCUGGAGCUAGACACCAAGACAGCGACACUGGCAGAUGUGGUGGAGGGCGUGGUGCGGCGGCAGCUGUCAGCCACCCAGCCCAUGGUGAUGGUGGGCAGUGGACUGGUGUACGAGGAAGGGGAGGACCUGGAGGAGGAUGAGGUGCUGCGAUACUGCAAGAACCUGAGCAAGAAGCUGUGCGAGCUGCCCACGCCAGUGACCUCAGGGGCAGUGCUGACAGUAGAGGACUACCUGCAGCACUUCAAGUGCUCCAUUCACAUCAAGCACAGAGAAGAUAUCAACGAGGAGGAUCAUCCAGACAAAAUGAUUCUGCACGGCCAGUUGCCAGCAGCAGACACCACUGCUGCUGCUGGGGAGGCUGGAGCAGCAGAGGCACAGAACGGGGAGAAGAAAGAAGGGAACGCGGCAGGAGGGGAGGAUGAUGACGAUGACGAUGAUGACGUGGUUCUAUUUGAACCUGAUGCUGCUGCUGCUGCUGCUGGUGCUGGGGAAACGGUUGGUGAGAAGAGGAAGAGGCGGCGGGAGGAAGAGAAGGGGGCAGAGAGCGCCGGAGGGGGUGAUGGCACUGGGAAGAAGGUGAAGGUGGAUGUGGUGGAGGUUCUGGAUGACUAG